ACGCCAACAAUCAUCAUUCGAAUUUUGCACUGCCUGUACCGGUUUGCUAUAAUUUACUCUCGGAGUAAUUGAUAACCCCGAACGUCAUGUUAUCUCUUGGGGAAUUCCCUGCAUAAUCGUAACCGCACCGUAAGUGCCCGGCGUUCAGCAUUUCGAGUGUGAAUCUCAGCACGGAAAGACGUUUUGUUAGGAAGUGCACUUGCCUGCCAGUACGAUGGACCGAUCACUUUUGCUGAUAGUUUGCUGUUUUCUGGUUGUCGGAAUAGUCGUUUCAAACAACGUAGUGAUCAACUGUAGUGAUAAUAGCUGCCGUUUGUUAGGACAGGAUAUGGUAGCGAUUGCUAAUGAGUUAACCAAUCACCGGAGUGUUCGAGAUCUAGAUCUGCACGGAAAUUUGUUACAAAACUUCCACGCUAAUAUCCUCAUGCAACUAAAUAAUCUACAAUCUUUAAACCUAUCAUAUAAUUUACUGGAAGAAGAUGUGCUAACCAAUAUUCACAAUUCACAAUUGAAAUCAAUUGAUGUUACCUACAAUAACUUAUCCUUUGUAACUGUUCCACCUUCCGUGGAGCAAUUUUCGGCUGUACGAAAUAAAUUGUACUUUAUAACAGUGCCUUCUGGAAAUCGGUUAUCCAAACUAAUGCUAUCGAUGAAUAAGUUUGAAAAUUUGGAUAAUUUCCGAUCAAUGAAAUUACUAACUGAUCUGGAUUUAUCGUGUAACCGCAUCACGUCACUUGAUUUUCAAACUCUAACAACACUAAAAUCGUUGGAAUAUCUGAAUUUGGCUAACAAUUAUAUCAACACUAUAUCUGGAGCGCCCAAUCUUCCAAAGCUCAAACAUAUAGAUUUGUCAAACAAUUGGUUAGUGGAAGUGGACGUGAACUUCCAUGCUGCCGUUAAUUUAAAAACACUUCUGCUACAAAAUAAUAAGAUUGUCUUCUUCCCCGGAAAAAUCAACCCAUCGAUGAAAGAGAUGCAAUUGUUUGGAAAUGACUGGCACUGCCCAAGUUUGCAAAAAUUCUUGAAUGGAGCCCGUUUCAGCUAUGAAAGAGACCAAAAAUAUUGCCCGUCACCGGCAAAUGUCAACGGACUAUGCUGUUCAACACUAGAGUCACCGACGGCUGCUCGACUUAUUGAAUAUCGUCAGAACAAGUUCCGUGCUCUCCAAGAUUUUGAGAACCAGCCGAACCCCAACGUGCAGUGCAGUGAAGUCCAACGUGGACCCUGCGAUGGGGACGACGAACUAGUGUACACAAUCGCCAGUUCCACACUUAAGGUUUCACACUCUAGCUCAUUUGUAAAAUCUGAGCAAGAUAAUUUGAAAAGAAAACUGGUUCAGCAAAUUAAUCUGGUGACUCGAGCUUCGCAACACGCGGAAUUCUUGAAAGUAGAAAUAAAUAAAUAUGGCAAUCAACUAGACAGUUUAAAAGCCCUAAUCGACAGCGAAUAUCAGAAUACGAAUCUGAGUGGAACGAAUAAUUUCAUUGAAAAACUAAACAGCAUCUUCGCAAAAUACGAAGACACAAAUACCGAAGUGAAAGCACGCAUUAGGCAGGCAGAAACUGAAAAACAAAAAAAAAAGGAAGAAAUCACAAAGCUUAAUGAUGAGAAGCACACGAUAAGCAGCAAAAUGGAUCAAUUGAAAGCUGUGAUGGAUAAACGUAACAAAACCGUCAUCGAUUAUAACAAUAGAAUCGCCGUCCUGAAUAACAAGCUCAGUUUGCCUCAAACCAGCAACCAGCCAAUAUGACCAAUAUAUUUUCAUCUUAGGAUUAAAAAACACUUUUAAAACUGGAUUAUUUACUCACAUGAUAAUAUAUUACAUGAACUCAAUCUGUUCGGUAGCUAGCGGAGAGCGAA